AUGCUGAAUAAUCAGAAAGAUGCUAUGGAGGAUUCUGUUGAGAUUGUAAUCGAAAAACUGCUCCAUUUGACAAAGGACAGUGUUUCAAAAGUUUCAAAUGAAGUACAGCACUGCUUGUCUAUAAUGUUGACUUGGUACGAUGCAUUUAGAUGUUUAAGUGUUAUUGUUCCUCUGCUUGCUACUGAAGAUGAGAGAAGUCUUCUCGCAUGUAUUAAAUGUCUGACGAAGAUUGUCAGUAGGCACUCCCAAGAGGAACUGAUGGCUCUUCAUUUUUGCAGGCUCUUUUUGAUGCUUUCGGGAACCAAAGUGCAGAUGUUCGCAAGACUGUUGUUUUCUGUCUAG